UUGCACAAGUAUUUCUAAAUACUUUUCGCUGCGCCGGAGGCGAUAGUCGCCUAGAACUGGUAUCAGAGCUAGCGUCGAAUUGUUGGCGAAAAUUUUCUGCGUGGAGUCUACUUAGUGCGCUAAGUAGAGCAGAGGAGUUAAAGGAGAGUAGCCUAAGCCUACGUCAUGGCGGGUGACGAGGUUAGUUCGGGAUCCAGUGUGAGCAUUGGAGACCCGCAGAUGAGAGCUCUCCUGGAGGCCCUGUCGAGGGGGCAGUUUGUUGUGAAACCGACGAUUGGGCUCAGCGAGGCCCAACGUUUCAAUGGAAGCAGCUACAGUACGUGGCGCUUGAAGUUCAGUCGAAGGGCGGAGGAGGUGGACCUUUGGCCCUACUACUCGCCAAAAAAGGAGACAGUGGAGGGAGUACCUCCUACUGAGACGGAGCCGGCGGAGAAAAUUGCAGAAUUCAGGAGGAAGAUAUUGCCGUCAAUUUGGACCCGUUUAAGCGUGAGGUGAAUUCUGCGGAGAAGGCCUGGGCAUGUUUGGAGAGCAUGUAUCUUAGGCCAAGCAACGCUAACAAGUCUGCUGUGCGUAAGAAGUUGUUGUUGCUCAGCAUGGGAGAGGAAGAGAAGAUCAUCGACUACGUCAACAGGGCGCGCAGCCUCAACGAUGAGCUAGCGGCGAUGGGAGAUGCUGAGAACGAGGAGCAAAUGAUCG